AUGAUAAUUUUCAUGGUUUUAUUAAUAUUUAUAAAAGUAAUAGAUGGCAAUGUUGGUAGUAUAUUAUUUUAUAAUCGAGGCACAAGAGAUGAAUGUUGGAGUAAAGAGGAUCUUGCGAAACUCGAAGCUAGGAAAACAUUUGAAGACCUCAUGCCGCUAGUAGUACAACCAGUUGAAAUAAACUCCAAGUACAUUAAUGAUAAUCUUCGUUAUUUUCGCAAAGCAAUAAAAUAUGUAGACAAUGAAGUCGAACCCUACAGAGCGCGCAUACUGAAACAGUCAUUAUUUGAUACAAUAGGAGCGCAUUUGAGGAGUGAAAUUUUACCAUCGAUUCGAUUUGCUUAUUACGCUGGAUACAUCCCGUACAGAAAAGCGAGGCAGAUGGAAGAGUUUUUUAAGGAAAUGAAAUCAUACUUAAAUACUGGAGGCUUAGGGUGGAAAGAACCAGAACGUAAUAUUCCUUGGACUAAUUUCACUGUGUCUAAGCUCAUCGUAGGACCAGGAAAAUUUUCCGAUUCAUGUUCAAGUCUAGUAACGAAACGUGAUACUAACUCUUGUAUACAUCUACCGAAUCCAAAAUUUGAUAAUUCUAUAUCUCCUACAACGAUAGCUUUACCUUUUAAGUCUGGUGGUCUAUUGAAUUUGGCAUCACCGAAUUCCGAAAACGCUCUUUUAAAAUAUUAUGCCACAGCAUCAAGAUGUAUUUUGAAGAAAUCGCCGAGAAAAUGCCGUCAUUCUGAUUUUGUGGCUUUCAAUAACGAAAUGUGGCAUUGGAUGAAACGCAAUGUAGCUCCGCAUUUAGUUGACGAGACAUUGUACGCGGCCUAUGGCGGAGUUUUGAGAAUAGCAGCUGCGGUUCAAAGUUACGGUAAAGGUUUAUCCCGCCGUAAUUUAUUUAAUACCAGAGAGCAUAGCUUAAUCAAAUGGCAUCCGUGGAAGGCGCUCACACAAUCCUGCAAACGUGCAAACUCGAAUUGGACUCCGAGUUUCUAUAUUGGAAUAGUAUUAAUGAUAGCUUUUGGAAUAUGUGUACUGCAAAUAUGCUAUACCUAUAUUUUAGGACACAAAAGCGCUUGUCGUUGUAGAAGUAGCCCGGUCGGACAUUCGUCUAAAGAUCUUGCAUACACGAACAUCGAAUCGAGCAUUCCGGCAAUAUUGCCUGAUGUAAAUCCAGUGUUCUAUAAUGAACAGAAACGUAUGAAACGUUCCAAUUCGGGAACCAAAAGUGGAAACGGAAGUAUUAACGUACAGAAAGUUUACGAUUUAAACGAAAAUACUGAAAGACUCAUGAAUGUCGAAGUGAGUGAUACCGAAAGCGAAGUUUCGUCAUCUAGUCACGAUGAGGAUGCAACGAAUAGGAGUAAAAAAAAAGUUAUUACUCCAAUAAGUCCACCGAAAUUAGACACUACGGUAUCUGAAGUUAGGAUAGGGAAAACACGUUCAGAUCCUAAAGAUUAUAACUUUAAGUAUUCAACAAGUACCCUGUCGCGAUCGGACACAUAUUUUCAAGGUUGCGAUGACGGCGUAGAAUCCUGUUCGGAUUCGGAGAGCUCAGAUUCGAGUGAUUCCGGCACUUCGAUUUUAUCGCAGUCCAGAUCCCGAAGGAUGAGUUGGUCUCGCGACCCGAUGUCCCUUCGAGGGACCUCCACUGAUUCAUAUCAUGGUUCGUCAUCGCUGACGCUAAACGCUAACUCGUAUAUAAGACCGAGUCCUCAAAAACAAUAA